CCGACGGGAGUUGUAGUUCCGCGCUCUUGGGGCGAGAGCGGACUUCCGCGUUACGCUGCCCAGACGAUCCGAGCAGAGCGAGAACUCUUGAGGGGGGCGCCGGGAGUCGUAGUCCAGCACGCGGGGGCCGCCGGGAGCUGUAGUCCGUCCCGUCUGCCCAGUCAGAGUGGUGCUGCCAGGCCCGCACUCGGAACUCAGAGCCGCCGGCCAGGGGGAUGCGGAAGCCCCUUGUUCGGGGGAGCAGAGAGGCAGGCGGGGAGCCGAGGACGGCAUGUCCCAGGCCCCAGGAGCACAGCCGAGCCCACCCUCCGUGUACCACGAACGGCAGCGCCUGGAGUUGUGUGCCGUCCACGCCCUCAACAACGUUCUGCAGCAGCAGCUCUUUACCCAGGAGGCUGCCGACGAGAUCUGCAAGAGGUUGGCCCCAGACUCCCGGCUGAACCCCCAUCGCAGCCUCCUGGGCACCGGCAACUAUGAUGUCAACGUGAUCAUGGCAGCCCUGCAGGGGCUGGGCCUGGCCGCCGUGUGGUGGGACAGAAGGAGGCCCCUGUCACAGCUGGCCCUGCCCCAGGUGCUGGGGCUGAUCCUGAACCUGCCAUCGCCCGUGUCGCUGGGCCUGCUGUCCCUGCCACUGCGCCGGCGGCACUGGGUGGCCCUGCGCCAGGUGGACGGCGUCUACUACAACCUGGACUCCAAGCUGCGGGCCCCCAAGGCCCUGGGGGACGAGGACGGCGUCAGGGCCUUCCUGGCAGCCGCACUGGCUCAGGGCCUGUGUGAGGUGCUGCUGGUGGUGACCAAGGAGGUGGAGGAGAAGGGGAGCUGGCUGCGGACAGACUGACCCCGCGGAGGAGGGAAGCACGGACAGCCUCCCGCCUGGCACGGUCCCUGUGCGUCCACGUCCGGCUCCCAAGGGAGUGCCGGGGAAGGGCCGGUCCGCACCUCACGGAGCCCGCGGAGGCCCCAGCCCCUUCCCCACACCCCUGCCCCCCAGCGCCGCUGCUGCCUCAAUAAACGUGCUGACUUGCUCCUGGCCU